AUGAAGCCCUCAAUUCUCAUCGUCCCCGGCGCUUGGCAGUUGCCUUCUGCCUUCCAGCCCUUCGCUACCGAGCUGGCUGGCUCCAACUUCAACACCUCCAUCGUUGCUCUCCCCACCGUCGGUGGUACCACCGAGCCCCUGGCAUCCCUCUCUGACGACGUUGCCGCCGUUCGUACCGAACUGGAUAAGCUUGUUGCUGACGGCAAGGAGAUUGUCGUCUACUCUCACUCCUACGGUGGUGUCGUUGCCAGCAACGCUGUCGAGGGCUACGACAUUGCCACCCGCUCCGCCGCUGGUGCCUCUGGUGGUGUCGUGAGCAUCGUUUACGCGAGUGCUUUCAUGCUUCCCAAGGGUUCCAGCUUGCUCGAACUCCUCGGCGGCGAGCCUCUUCCUUGGAUGCUUGUCGAGGGGGACCGUGUUGUCGGCAACGCUACUCUGCUCCCCGAGGUCGCCUUCAACGACCUGCCGGCUGCUGAGCAAAAGAAGUGGGCGUCCGAGACGACUUGGACGGCUCUGGGUGCCUUCACCAGUGCCUCAAGCUACGAGCCCUGGAGCAACGGCAUUGACUGCGCCUACCUCUAUGCCUCUCUUGACAACGCCCUGCCACCCAGCUACCAGGCGAGCAUGUCUGCCGUCCUGCCCGCCGGCUCCAAGAAGGAGACUGAGCCCAGUGGCCACUGCGCUCACCUUAGCCGGCCGUCGAACGUGACUUCUAUCCUCAGCAGGUGGUACCCGGGCAACUAA